CUUAUGGUUGAGGUUUUCCAUGCGAUGCCUUCGGGACACUAUAAACUAGAGAGUGCCAAACUCAGAUUAGCAAUCCGAAUCAGUAAUCUUCUUCCCUGCCGCAUCCAGCAAGCUUAGCUCCUCAGAAAAAGGCUGGCCAUUUUGCACUGCCGGGUGUAGCAUCAAAGAAAACUGCAUCCAUUAAUCAAGGUUCUCGGAAUUGCUUCUGGCAGGUCGUUUGAGCAUUUUCAGUCCUAAGAUAUACCAGUUCAGAUGGCGAAGAGCGUUUGUUUCUUCAUUGCGAUGAUCCUUUGCACUCAAGUGAAUGCACAAGGAUCAGUUAGUGCACCUGGCGCUGUCCCAUCAUCGCCUCCUGCUCCUUCUGCAGUAACCCCAUCGGUACCUCCGUCAGCGAUAACGUUUUUGCCUUCUUCAGCACCGGCUCCGGCACCCUCCCCUCCUUCUACCCCUUCUUCGUCGAUGACUCCAUCACCAUCUGCAGCCGUGCCAUCUUCCACACCUUCUUCCACUCCAUCACCUUCUCCCGUCUCAGCUGCACCUAAACUUGCCAUCGCUGCACGUGCCCCAGCUCCAUCCCAACAGAAGAACGCUGGAGAGAUGCUGAGCAUUUCAGGAUGGAGCAAAAUCGUGUUGGUUUCUGGUUUUUUGGUAGCUGCCUCUGUAUAUUAGGACUACUUGGAGCAGGCUGCUAGCAUGGAGACAUGCCUUUUAUGGAAUUUGAGACCAUGUACCAACGUCAAAUUAGGACGGCAAUAUCCAGAUUCUCGUGAGAACUUCAUAGUCCGUAUUACUGAUGUCUUAGUAGUCACAGAUACAUCACAGCAAUAAGUGGUGAACAUCGGUCAAGUCCUGCGAGUUGAUUUACCAUUCACGCAGUACUUGGUGACAUGUUCUCGUGUGCAUGUAGUAUGUGCACCGUACUUCUUAUGUCGCAGUCUUUCAUAUAAUCCAGU